CGCACCCCAUUACGUUUGUGUGGUUUGGUGAGUUGGCAGGCAACUCCGACCUAUAAAUCGUUUAAUCCCAGAAAGACUGCGUCCAAGGGGUGUGUGUGUGUGUUGCAGAAUCAUCAACACCGCACCAUUGCAUAGCAGAAAGAGAAGGCUUCAACGAAUUGCGAUGGGUUCAGCGAACAAAGAACCAUUGUUAGCGACAAGGGAGAGGGAGACACAGCCACCUAAAUCAAAGCACGAUUCAGACGGCGAAUUGGAGAGAAUUCUCUCUGACACAACCCAACCUUUCAUUAGCCGUCUGGGACCCGCCACGUGGAUCGAGUUGAAGCUCCUCUUCUUCCUCGCUGCACCCGCUGUCCUCGUUUACCUCAUCAACUACGUCAUGUCCAUGUCCACCCAAAUCUUCUCCGGCCAUCUCGGUAACCUCGAACUCGCUGCCGCUUCCCUUGGCAACACCGGCAUCCAAAUCUUCGCCUAUGGCCUCAUGUUGGGUAUGGGGAGUGCGGUUGAGACGCUAUGUGGACAAGCCUUUGGUGCUCAAAAGUUCGAGAUGCUAGGCGUGUACUUGCAACGAUCAACGAUUCUUCUUUCAUUAGCGGGUGUUGUUUUGACUAUUGUAUAUGUCUUCAGCGAACCGAUUCUAGUAUUUCUGGGGGAAUCGCCAAGAAUUGCUUCUGCUGCAGCACUUUUUGUGUAUGGUCUAAUCCCUCAAAUCUUUGCAUAUGCUGUGAAUUUUCCGAUUCAGAAGUUCCUUCAAGCGCAAAGCAUAGUGACUCCCAGUGCGUACAUAUCAGCAGCAACGUUGGUGGUUCAUCUUGUGUUGAGCUGGGUGGCUGUGUAUGAGAUCGGGUUGGGUCUGUUGGGUGCGUCUUUGGUGUUGAGUUUGUCAUGGUGGAUCAUUGUGAUUGCGCAGUUUGUGUUCAUUGUGAAGAGUGAGAGGUGUAAGCGCACGUGGCAAGGGUUCACAUUGCAAGCUUUUUCGGGGUUACCUGAGUUCUUUAAGUUGUCGGCGGCUUCUGCUGUUAUGUUGUGUCUUGAGACUUGGUACUUUCAGAUUCUCGUCUUGCUUGCUGGCUUGCUUCCUCAACCCGAGUUGGCUCUUGAUUCUCUUUCUAUUUGUACCACAGUCGCUGGAUGGGUGUUCAUGAUCUCUGUCGGAUUCAACGCAGCUGCAAGCGUGAGAGUGAGCAACGAACUAGGAGCAAGAAAUCCAAAAUCAGCCUCAUUUUCGGUGGUGGUGGUGACAUUGAUUUCUUUCAUAAUAUCAGUCAUAGCAGCAUUGGUGGUGCUUGCAUUACGUGAUGUUAUUAGCUAUGCCUUCACAGAGGGGGAAGAGGUUGCUGCUGCAGUCUCUGAUCUUUGCCCACUGCUUGCUCUUUCUCUUGUCCUCAAUGGCAUUCAGCCUGUCUUAUCUGGGGUGGCUGUUGGAUGUGGAUGGCAAGCUUUCGUUGCAUAUGUAAACGUGGGUUGUUAUUAUGGAGUUGGCAUACCAUUGGGUUCAGUUCUCGGCUUUUAUUUCAAAUUUGGUGCUAAGGGAAUAUGGCUUGGAAUGCUAGGUGGCACAACCAUGCAAACAAUUAUUCUAAUCUGGGUCACAUUUAGAACAGAUUGGAAUAAGGAGGUUGAGGAAGCUGCCAAGAGGUUGAACAAAUGGGAAAACAAGAAUGAGGAGCCACUUCUAAACUGAAGAGUAGAAAAAUUUAUUUUAUAUAGGGGCUAGAGAGACAAAAAUUAACCCUAUUUAAUUUUUAAUCGAA